UUUGACGGAGAUUCAGCUAGUUAGUUGUCCGUACAUUUAGCGGUCACACUAGAUAGUCUGGAACAUUCUGAUUUUGUCUCUUGUCUGGGUUAUUAGCAAGACUGGAAAAACUUAGUUGAUGAUACACGGUCGAUGUUCCAGUUAAUGUUAGGUUGGAUGAUGAGAGACGUGACGAAACCAACGAUGAUGUCUUCAACCCUUGUGAGCUGUUUGAUUGUCGUUACCUCUGUACUGUUGAGAGGCUGCUCGGCUGCUUCAUAUCACCAGCGACUCGGUUAUCAGAAUCCGGACUUUAAGAUGGCGCCUUCUGCUGGUACUGUGACAUGCGGCAGUCGACACUUUGACCACAGUGACGUCAACAGAUUCAUAGAUACCCGCAGCACCAACGACGCGUACCCAGUUCCCGCCUGGAAGUCUAUGGACCAUGCUUCAAAGAUUGUCGGUGGCAGGAUGGCGGUUCACGGGUCUACCCCCUGGCAGGCUGGGCUACACCGCGUCUACUACAGCCCCACCAGUACUGCUCAGUUCUGUGGUGGCACCAUCAUCAGUGAGCACUGGGUCCUCACCGCCGCGCACUGCGUUGAAGAUUUACAAGUGUCACAGCUAAGGCUAGUUGUGGGUGAUCACAGUCUAAUUAAACAUGACGAGGGGGAGCAGGUGUUCCGUGUGGAGAGGAUUUUGGUACACGGGAAGUACGACUACAAGACUGUACAGAACGACAUCGCUCUGCUAAAAGUAAAACCAGUCAACGGACGGGGGAUACGGUUCAAUGAUUUCGUCCAGCCCGCUUGCCUACCUAAGAUAAACACGCCUUACCGUGACGGAACUACCUGUAUAAUAUCAGGCUGGGGAGAUGUGGACAGGAAGAACAUGGACUUUUGGGGUGAUGGCAACUCCCCCGACGUACUGAUGGAAGCAGAAGCGCCUAUCAUUAACGACACAACAUGCGAGGAUGUUUUACGACGUGCCGGUGCUCUCACUUUCAGAAAAAAGAGCAUGGUGUGUGCUGGUCACUUGUCUGGAAAGAUGGACACGUGCCAGGGGGACAGUGGUGGUCCCCUCGUCUGUCGUGUGGAUGAUGUCUACACAGUUCUGGGCGUGACCUCAUGGGGCCGGGGGUGCGGCCAACCCAACGCACCCGGGGUGUACGCAAGGGUCAAGACGUACUCGCGCUGGAUCUACAUCCUAAUCCAAAUCUACAGCAAUAAUGAUCAGCAGAGGUUAAUCCCUCAACGUCCUUAAGUAUGGAUUUAAAGUCCUUUCACCAUAAUUGAGCAGUUUUUUUUUCUAUUUACCCAGAUCUAAAAAUAUAUAAGAAUUAACUUUCAUUUGAAGGAAUCCAAAAUUAUUGAACACAAAAUGUUAAUCUUCUAAUAAUAAAAUACACCCAUAAAUCUC